GAGCCAUUUUUGUUUCAUGGCAGAGAGCUCGGCAGCUCUCAUUUCAAUGCUCUCAGAAGGGACUCGGUAAAAGACACCUGAAGUCCUUAUGCAUACCAGCUGUGAAGGUGCACCAUGAAUUGUGAAGAGCAGGGCAUGGGGAGGGUAGUCCAUUCCUGGGCCAGAUUUGCCCCAGCUGGACAAACUGCCCUCGAAGAGGCCCUGAGGGUCUUUAACCCCAUGUCCAAGGAUCUGUCGGACACUGAGAGACAAAUGGUGUCCUUUCUUCAAGAGCUGAGGAAAGAGGGAGCCAAGCCUGUGAUUUUGAGGAGCAAAGAUGUAUAUGGAUACACGUCUUGCACCACGGAGCCAAUCUCUUCCAAAAUUGGCAGCAAGGUUCAGAGAGUGCAGAAACCUUGCAAGAAGCGAGGGCGGAAAGGUUUGAGCAAGUCCAAGGAUGUGAAUUAUGCGACGCUCAGUAGAGCGGCAAAGGACAUUCUCCAAAACCAACCCAAGAUCCUGCUUACCAAUCUCUCGGUGGACAGUCUUAAGCAGAACGUUGGAUCGGCAAUGCUAGAUAAACAUUCUGUUCAAGCGCAGCAGUGCCUCAAGCUAACAAACAUAAAGGGGUUGACCGGAGGCCACACCGCGAGGUUGCAAAUUCACUUUGAAAAUUCUAAAAGCGCCCCCAGUUUUGCUCUGGGACGGCCACCGGAUCUCUCCGGAAUUCCGCACUCUCCAACGGAAAAUGGCAGUCAGACAUCAAAUGUAGUUGCCUUGGACAACAAACGUGUUUUGUCAUGUCCGUUCAAAGUAGACGAUGCCCUUAUUGGAGACUCUGCCCCAGUCGUCUAUCAAAAUGGUUUUGGUCUUAAAGAUGGUAGCAUUUAUAAAAAGAUCGAAACCGUAUCAGGUAAACCUGAUGUGAUGACCAGUGGUCUGGACAAUGGUUCAGUGAGGAGACUCCGUUUCCAAAGCUAUAACUGGUCCCAGUCUACACUCACCAAUGGCCAAGACGUUUCUAGACUGAAUGGCAAUGGUCUUGAAUGGAAGGUUAUAAAAGUAGAUGAUUCGGUCACAGACGAGGAAGUGAGAAGGAAGGCACAAAAAAUCUUGCAGGUUAACUUGUCUCCUGUGAUACAGAUCCAUCCCCUUGUUGACUCUGUAUAGACUCUUGCUGGGGAUUUUUUGUUUGUUUGUUUCCUCGUUUGUUAAGUUUUCUUGUUUUGCAAAGUUGCGUUUUGUGGAAACAAACCCUAGGUUAUCUCUGGAUGGGAGCAUUGCAGUUACCUCCAAAUUUUGCAUUAUCAUCAAGUAGUUACUAACAUCAUAAUCCAAAGAUGGGAUGCUUUUUUUCUGCUCUCACAGUAUUUUGUUUUCCCGACACAUCCCAACCUACUUUUCUUUUGUGUAUUUUUAUCUAACUUCUGAAGAAUUGGACUGAUGAACAAACCCUUAUUUAUGACUAUGCAGUUCCCAGAAUGUUCCUUGUGUUGGAAUACUGCGGGCAUGGAAUGCUGUCUCACUGGAUCAUGGGAACAGACUGAAUUUGUAGAGUCCUUGGCUCCUGCUGAUGUCAAUGCCACCCGGGGUUUUAUUUUUUUAUUUUUUUGACAUCAACGUUUUUUGUAAGAUGUUAGUCUGCCGGCAUUGACUGCGUAUGAUAUUUUUGUUUAGACUCUAACAUGUUCAAAUUGGGGGCACUUUUGCAUAUUAAUUUAAUUUCAGGGCAAAAUAAAUGGCCUUAUACUUUGAGAAGAGUGAAAUUUAACUGAAUCUUUGUACUUUUUCCUUCUUGAUGUACUUGUUUCUUUCUGCACUCCACUUCUCAAAAAUUCCUCCAAUGUUUCUUUUAAUGUGCCAACCCUGUUUUUUUGUUUCCUUAGUUUUGUUGGUGCCAUGACCACAAAGAAUUGCAAAAAAAAUGCUUCAUUUUCUGAGUUCUCAGUAUCCUGUCAAGAAGUGGACUUGCUUGUCCAUUGAUUGAACGUACCUCAAGCACUUGAAUACGAAAAUGUUGUCAUCAUUAAUCUUGCAGUUAAUAUUGUUCAUUCCAUACAUCUAUAAGUUGGUUGGUCCAUGUCACCUUCUACACAUUUAACCAAAUUCUGUAAAUGACAAACUGAUGUUCAAUAGGAUGGUUUUGAUCCAUCACUAAUUAAGGCAACAUCUGAAGGUAGCAAAUUGGAAAAGGAAAAAUUCAUUCAUGUUGUCUGUUAAAUCUUGCUCAAGGUGUUUUUUUAAGGUCAUUGUUCUGCCUCACCAGGAUUCAUUUGUUGAGGAUGAUUCAUCUGCAUAGAGCAAUCGUUUUAAGGCACAACGGGAUGAAUGCUUGCUUUUUGUGCAAAAGGAGGAAGAGAUAUGGGAGAAUUAAGUUGGAGUUCAGCAACGCCUAAGGCCUUUGGUUCAGAAGGUCUCAUUCAAACUAAAGUAGAAGAUGGCAAUGCAGCAGUUUAUUGGCGCCACAAGGCAAACAUUUAAAAAUUGUUAUAAAUUUAAGUUUUGAGUUAACCAACAUAUGGGUUUCAUUUAAAAAAAAACUUUCACAUGCAAAAUACAAGCAGAAUUUGGUUUCCUGUUAAUCAGUUUUUAUUUUCAUCCAGUUGAAUCUGUGACACUCAAAAGCUGUAAAUGUCAGUGUUGUAUCUUUAGUUACUGUUAUCAAGUUGUGAAUUAAAAUCUGUUUGAGAAA